ACCUGCUGCCCGACGUGCACGACGGCGUGCGCUACCGCCUGUGCCUGCAGCCGCUGCCGCUGCGCGCCGAGCCCGCCGCCGCCGCCGCCCCAGAGCCCUCCGGGCCCGCCGAGUGCGUGGAGUUCGCUGCCGAGCCCGCCGGCAUGCGGGAGAUCGUGGUGGCCAUGACGGCGGUGGGCGGCUCCAUCUGCGUCAUGCUGGUGGUCAUCUGCCUGCUCGUGGCCUACAUCACCGAGAACCUCAUGCACCCGGCUUUCGGGCGCCCCGGCCUGCGCAGGCAGCCUUGAAGCACCAGGCGGCCGGCCCGGCCCCACCGGGGCUCUGCCUGCCCGAGAUUGGCGCCCGCUCCCCACUCCUCGCUCCUGCUCCCUCCUUAGGAUCUCCACGCAGGGCCUGCUGGAGACCGGUAGGGCCCCGGCCCGCUAGGGCCUUGGAGUCAUUCAUUGCACGACCUUCCUAGCCCGGCAUCCGCCUCCCAGACUCCAACUCGGGACUGACCCUUGGGCCUGCGCGGGGGUGCCAGCCUCGUCCAGGGCUCUCCCUGCUCUCCAGAGGCCUUUAUAGGGGCCGUCAGGACAUACAGCCCCGUUUAGCAAGAGCCAUUGGCAUCCCCGGGUCAUCACCCUGCGCCUGCAGCCUGUGCCGAGUUGGAAAAAACAGGCUGUCGUCAUUGCUUGGUCACUGUGUGCUUUGCCGACUUGGGGAGGCCCUUGGAGCCUGUCCUCUCCCCACCUCACCCCAGUGGGCUUAGAUUAGCGUUGUGCCUUAGUGUCUUGGGCCCACUGUGGGAGCCAGCCACCCGUCCUGUGCCGUCCAAGGGGGUCUGUGGCCCUGGCACUGGCUGGCUUGUGUGUGCUUCCGGCCAGAGCCUCCUGGGAAACCCCCCCCUUCAAGCUCUGCAGGAGCCUCAAGUGUGGGUAAGCAGCGUCCGGUGUUGUUUCCCUGCCUGGCCGUCUGACAGGCUGGGAGCCAUGAUGUAGCACGCCAGGUGGACCCGGCCUCUGAUCUUCGUGUCCAGGGCCGAGUGUCCUCUGACCUUGGGGGAAGCUGGCAGUUCUCCAGGGCUGCCUCUCAUUUUCUUUUGUGGGUGCUGAUUCUGAUGAGGGCUUUCCAUGGUGAGUGGGGGCAAGUGGCUGGGAAGAGAGGGCUCGUCUCAAACGACAGUGUUGUAUCCAGAGAGCAGAAGAAUUGAUGCUGGCCUCCUCGCCCAGCACAACUGGCCACUGUGGUCUGGAUCCACGCCUCAACCGCAGCAUGAUGGACAGCACCGUCCCACCCGUUACUCGCGCUGGCAGCCAAGAAAGAGCCUAGAAUCUGGCUGGUGAUGCUGCUACCCACUGGACUGAAGGCUGGCCCUGUCCCUUCCUGGGAAGACCCGAGCACCCUGGCCAAGGUUGCUUCCUGAGCUGGUCACCUGGCAUCACCGGGAGGGGUAAGGUGUACUUGGCUCUCCUCGAGUCCCUGACUGUGACCAUCCUGGACCUGGCACUUCUGGAGUCACUGUGGCUAACCCCUCCCCACCCUCCCCCCGGUGACCACCAGCGACCCCAGGUCCUGGCUGGUGCCCCCACAGUGCCCACUCCCUACCUCUCUGUCUUUGCUCGGCCUGCCCCUGGCAUGGCGCUGGUCAGGCGUGAGCCUGGUGUCAAUGUCUAAAUGUCCAUCAUUUUAGACCAAAACCACUGGCUUGUGUG